AUGUAUCUCUUUGGUGAGAGCGAGGUGCAAAAUUACGAUAUCCUGGCUAUCCAGGAAUCCUACAUCAACAAACAUACCGACCCACUAACAACAUACUCACUAGCGCUCAAGGGCAGCUUCCAUAUCCUACUACAGCCCACACCCAAGGAAGAAUACAAGAAACGCCCACGAGUCUGUUUCUACGUCAAUAGAGGGCUAGAUCUAGCUACAUGGGAGGUCCAAUACCAUAAUAGAGAUCUGAGCACAUUAAUACUUCAUACAGCCGCCCAUGGAACCAUCCAUAUUCAUAAUAUAUACAAUCUAGGAGUCAAUAGCAACGAGGAAUCUAUAAUUAGCGCCCUGCAAACCGCCAUGGCACCUAGGGCGCAGCUUGAGCAGCUCUUGCCACCAGGCACGAUCACGUAUGAGAGGGUUAACGCCAAAUCUACAAUUGAUCUGGUGUGGGCAUCGCAUAAUCUAGCCAACCGGGUAGUGAGCUGCGACACCAAGCUAGAGUGGUGGUAUGGAGCAGAUCAUGUCCCAAUCUCCACUCAAUUUGACCUUACAGCUAUACAUGUUCCUCCAUUGGUUCGCAAGCAGUGGAAUGCAACAGAUUGGGACCUCUUCCUUAAACUGAUGGACAUAUAUAAUUGGCACCCAAGGGAGCUCAAUGACAAUGAGGCAAUCAAUGAGGCAAUCCACUAUCUAGUUGAGACAAUCAAUCAGGCAGCUGAGCAAGCGACACCUACAAAAUAG